CAGGCUUUCUACACUAAUUGUUUAUUUUCCUGCUCAGAGGAUGGUGGCCUUGGACAAACGUGCACCCCUCUUAGAGCAGAAAUGGGCUUCCCUAAAAUCGUCUCAGCACCCCUGGAUUUGAGGGUUGCAGCCUUUUGAGCCAAGCUCAUCUUCGGUUGUAUUUUAAAUAGGGUACACUUUGUCUUGUGAUGACAGGUGAAUCCUGGGAUCUGACCAUCCGUGCCACGCAUGCACCGCUGGAGCGCACGAAUCCAGUCGCACCGCCCUCCUGUACGCCUGCUGCCGGGAGGAGCGGAGGAGAGAACAGACCGUAGCGCAACAUCAAGAGUCACGGUACCUUAGGGAUGUGGCAGCAAUUUCGACAGCUCAAGAUGCCCCGUGAAAUUCUCAAAGUUUGUCUUUUAUGAGAGCUGAGAGCAAAAAGAAUAAAUCAGAACGCGAGAGAGAGAGAGAGAGAGAGAGAGAGAGAGAGAGAGAGAGAGAGGAGGCAGGGAGAAACAAAAGCCGCGCGGAGGAGCAUCAGCCUGCUGCAGACAUUUCCAGCCCGCCUGCACGGGCUCUGUCACUCGGGAUCGCGAAGCGCGUCGGAGCUGAUGUCCGAGCUGAUCUAACCAUCAGGAGACAAGAGAGAGAGAGAGACAGGAGGAGAGACAGAAAGCUGCUCCACUUGUUCAGAUAACCCUCCCCCCCAGUUGAAAGCUGCGUUUGGACCCCCGCAGUGUGCGCUGACGCGGAGCUGACACACUGCAGUGAGCCUGCACAUAUGAAGCACAAGUUCCUCCAGAUCUUAAUGGAAUGCAGCCAGAUGAAUUAUUAAUGUCAAGCCUCAAAGACCCCUGCCACUUUGAUGUGUGAGCUCACCCACCAAUAAUGGCCCACAGGAUACACUGUGGAAAUACAGCUGAGGCAGACGUGUUCAUGUAUCCGAUCCAGGUCAACCUGCAGACUUUCUCCCACAAACACAUCUGACUUUUACAAGAUCCCAGUGAGAGCGUGUGCAGCAUGAGGCUGGUGUGGAAAUCCCUGGACAAGAUGAGGUGUCUAAGGAAACGCUCCACUAUUCCCUUCCUCGGCUUCCUCAUCACCUUCCUCCUCUUCCUGAACCUCUACAUUGAAGACGGCUACGUGCUGGAAGGGGAUAAAAGGCAGCUCAGGGAAACAUCAGCCCACCCUCCGAGCUCAGAACGAUACGUUCACACCUUCAGAGACCUUAGUAAUUUCUCUGGAACCAUUAAUGUCACAUAUCGUUAUCUCGCUGGAACCCCACUGAACCGCAAGAAGUAUCUGACCAUUGGACUGUCUUCAGUCAAAAGAAAAAGGGGAAACUACCUUCUUGAGACGAUCAAGUCCAUCUUUGAUCAGUCUAGUUACGAGGAGCUCAAAGAGAUUGUGGUUGUGGUCCACCUGGCAGACUUUGACCUGGUUUGGUGUGAGAACCUGGUGCAGGAAAUCACCAGGAAGUUUGCUCACCACAUCAUAGCUGGACGCCUCCUGGUGAUCCAGGCACCAGAGGAGUACUAUCCAUCUUUGGAUGGACUGAAAAGGAACUACAAUGACCCAGAGGACCGGGUCCGUUUCCGCUCUAAGCAGAACGUGGACUACGCUUUCCUCCUCAACUUCUGCACAAACCUCUCUCACUUCUACAUGAUGUUAGAGGAUGAUGUGCGCUGUUCCAGGAACUUCCUGACGGCGCUGAAGAAGGUGAUCACCUCCAGAGAAGGUUCCUACUGGGUGAUGCUGGAGUUCUCCAAGCUGGGAUACAUCGGGAAGCUGUACCACUCCAAAGACCUCCCUCGUCUGGCUCAUUUCCUCCUCAUGUUCUACCAGGAAAUGCCCUGCGACUGGCUCCUCAUCCACUUCAGGGGUCUGUUGGCCCAGAAAGACGUGAUCCGCUUCAAGCCCUCGCUGUUCCAGCACAUGGGCUACUACUCUUCUUACAAAGGAGCAGAGAACAAGCUGAAGGACGACGACUUUGAGGAAGACUCCAUAGACAUUCCUGACAACCCUCCUGCCAGCCUCUACACAAACAUCAAUGUUUUUGAAAACUAUGACGCCACCAAGGCUUAUAGCACUGUGGAUGAGUACUUUUGGGGAAAGCCUCCUUCUACAGGAGACUUCUUUGUCAUAGUCUUUAAUAAAUCUACCAAAAUUAGUAAAAUUAAGAUUGCUACUGGUUCUGAUGACCGCCAGAAUGACAUUCUUCACCAUGGAGCUCUGGAAGUAGGAGAGAAAUUAGUUGGGACCAAAAAAGGGAAACAGUGUUCAUCAUAUAUCACAUUAGGGGAGUUUAAAAAUGGCAACAUUGAGGUUCAAGAUGUAGACCACAAAAUUGCCUUUGACAUUGAGUGUGUGCGCAUUGUGGUGACCGCCGGUCAGAAAGAAUGGCUCAUUAUUAGAAGUAUAAGUUUAUGGACUACACAACCCCCCAGCCAAUGAGGACUAUACAUAAAGACUCUUAGUAUGUCAUAGAGGCAAAGGUUUUUAUUAUUAUUAUUUACUAAUGUAUGUAUUUCUGGGUUUAUUUAUUCAUUUUGUAUGUAUUUAUUGAUACUCAUUUUGAUUGCCAAAUCAGUCUAUAGUUUUUUAUACCUGCAAGAUGUUUGUGGAGCAUUUUCCCAGUCAUUCUUAUGGACUGUUCAACUGACCUCAGAGUAUUCAUGAACGUAUGUUUUCCUAAAUGUUACACAAGCCUUUAUUUAUUUCAGCUUUUGAUAGAUAUCCUUAACUUUAACAUAGGGCUGGGCGAUAAUUCAAUAUUACGUUUUACCAACCUUAAGGGAUAUUGUAUUAUAUUAAUAUAAUCAUUUUCUGGUAAUGUUUUACAAUGUUGUUUUAUCCAGGAUGAGUCUCGUAAUAUUCUGGAUUUGUCUUCAUGUCAUCAAGUCCUAUGAAAAGAACAAAACCAACAACAAAGCAAUCCUACUAACAAGUAUUUCCAUGUAGCCAAAGUCUGAUCUUAUUCCUCUGUGCCACAGAGCUCCAUUGCUCUCCAAAAACUAUUAAAAUAAGUGAGCCAUGGUGUUUCAUUGGGUGACUUCAUUACAAUUAACUUGGGCACUGUAGUUGAUGUUCAGUCAGUCCCUCAUACAUCGUCCUGCUGCUGUAAAUACUCACUAAAGCACCAAAUGUGUAUUAAUGCACCACUGAUAAUAAUCCCUAAACAUGCAUUUCCUCCUGUAGAGUAUACAUUCUCUAAAAGCUACAGUGGCCAACUGCUUCAGGAAAUUACCAAUCCUUUUUACAUAUAUAACUAUAUAUUCAGGGUGUCAGUCAGAAAGUAGACAGAGAUUUUUUGCGUUUUCAUUGGAUUUGAGGACUACAGUAAUGUAUAAAAUCAGCCUAACCUUAUCCUUUAACGAUUUUGAGCAAAAUGUAAUUGGAGAUUGUGAAAAAGAAUUGAAAGAGCAAUGUCUGUAAAACAACAGUGAAACAUCUCAUUGCAUCGAACAUCACUAGUAUAAUUUAAAAUCUGAUUUUAUAUCCAUCUGCCACACUGUGAUGAGCUGGCGACUUGUCCAGGGUGUACCCCACCUCUUACCCAAAGUCAGCAGGGAUAGGCUCCUGCCCACCGUGACCCUGAUGAGGAUAAGAAUUUACAGAUAAUGGAUGGAUGGAUUUCAGCCAUAUCGCCCAGCCCUACCAUGACGACAUAUUUGAAGGCUCUCCAGAAAGGUGCUUCAAGUGCAGAAUAAAGGCAAAUCUAACUUAGGGAACAGCACAGCACUGAUUUACUACAGUUGUGUUCCAUUUAUCAGUUAAUUGUUGUUUCUUUUUCAAAUGUUAUGAACCAUUUCGACAGAAGGGAAGGGGUGGUUUUCAUGAUGUGUAACUAAAUAAUUUUAGAAACAGGUUCCUCUUAAAAAUACCAUCAAAUUAGCUAUUGUUGCUGCAAUUCUUCAUUACUGACAUAGAGCCUGUACAAAUGCAGUGAGAAUGUCCCCAUUUGGCCCUUAAUUAUUUUCCCUUUUUGAAAAUCCACACAUGUAAAGUAUCAGAGGUUAUUGUUGCCUUGAAUAUUCAUCAUGUCACGAUUAACUUUUUCGGUUUUAUAUAUGUUUUUUUUUAUUUUUUUUCAGUUUAAUCAUCUUCUCUAUUGUGUUUAAGCGGGUGUGUGAGUGGGCCGAGCUCUUUUACAAGCACUGUAUGUUCCGUCAGGCCUGCUGACAGGAGAACAAUGUUUGUUUUCACACAUCUUCUCCAAGAGCUGAGAUUAGAUUGCACAGUGAAGAAUGGGCCAGGUCUGCUUUUAGGUCUUUUUUUUCCCACCACAGCACAAUUUUCCCCCAGUAAAUUGGUCUGUGUUUGCCUCACUUUCUACACCAGCAAAACAACAUCUCCCCUGAAGCUAUAGGAUCUCAAUUCGUUCUUUCCCCAAUGUUGCACUCACAACUCCAAUGUUUCUGCUUCUACAUGGUUGCCUCUCUGUGAUCUUUGCUCUCGGUUCAUACAGUCUGCCGCUGCUUUGGGGAAACUUGCUUAGCUUUCCUUUGAAGAUGCAUUUGGAAUUCCCCACGUUGCUUCAUUCCAUUUAGCAGCCAACAUUUGCAGGAAUUAACGCUGCACGUGUUAACUCGCCAUCACCGUGAUGCUCAAAGCAAUUCAGAGCCGUGCUUUGAAAAUAGCCUUGUAGUUUUCCGUGUUGAUGUAAUUAUGAUCUGACGGUGAGCGCUGUUCAGUGACAGAUUUGCUUCAACACUGAAAUGGCAUCAAGAAAUCCCUCAGUGCAAUAAAGAGGUAAAUGUUUACAUAACACUGACGUUCUUUAGGAACAUGGGGUGGAAGCAGAUCGUCAUUAAGCAUGCUGCAACAGUUCUGAAAAGCUUUGUUCUGCUGUUGCAAAUAGCCACCUGUUCCGUGUUUUCCCUCAAGGUCUUGUUUAGUGUCACAGAUCAAGACCUUUCGCAGAUUGGCUUGUACAGCCACCUCGAAAUCCUUCCUUGGCAAAUCCCCCAUGUGUUAUCUGAAAUGAAAUUAGAAUGCCCACCACCUCACAAUAUGGCGUAUUGUUUUUCCUCAGCAUUUCCCUUGAAAUGUCGCCAUUCAUUUUUGUGAAUGAUUCCGUGACCUGCAUGGAUCAGCUCCUUGGAGGGGAUCUUGUUUGAAUGGCUGAUGCUUGGAAACACAAUCUACAUUGUGCUGCAUGUGUGGUAUUCUUUAUGAUGCACACCAUGGUGCCAAUUCAGCCUAGUAUUACCUGCUUAUGAGCUAUAAACUCAUGAUGUCACCGCAGGGCAGUUAGCUGUUUUACAAGUGUAAUGGAUGGCUUUGAUACGCCUCAUACCCAAGCAGAGCAACCGUGUUGUGAGGCUGAUAUUUCUGGAGGAGAAAUUGCUGUCUGAUCUUUAUUUGAAAUAAGAUGCCAGCCAAAAGUAGCUGCACACUGCAGAUUUAUGGACAGAUUUACAUCUUGGGGAUAACAACAAAAGCUGCAUAAAUUCCUCAAAUGGAUGUCAGCAAACUGCUGCAUUCAGCAUUCUUUGCUAUUGGCAGCAUGUUUGAAAACCACAAUCCAUACUGGGGCCUUGAGUGAGCAGUAUGCACAGGAUCAGUUACACUGUACAUUUCACUUAAUACUUAAAGGAAAACAGUUCUGUCCUCCUGUUGAAGCCACCUUCACUGUCCAUUUGUCAAGAAUUAAACACUAACUGCACUGGCAGACCUCUGUGAGAAAAAAAGCCAGAGGUUUGUGAAUCAUUAGUUAUAUUGGCUGUGAGGGUCCGAUCCCCAAAGCUCCAGGCGAGUAAUGAAUGUGAAUAUGAUGUGUGGAUCCUGAGUUAUUUGAAAGUGAGCUGUCUUCCAGUGGAGCAUGUACAAAGUGCAUGAACAAAAGCAUUUUCAGUGGAUAAAAAUGACUCCUUUUGUAUGUUGGGAUCUAUGAAUUAUUGUUCAGCUUCUGCUAAUGAAAUUGUACUGGGUUUGUACGUAGAAGCCUACCGAUACUACCUUACAACAGGUUCGGAGUUCACAUGUGCUGUAUAUUGUUAAGUGGAGAGAGUGUGUUAAGAUGUUGUUUCCGUGUCUGUUUUACUUUCCAUCGUUCUCUAACUGGUACUGUAUUGUAAGAUGACAUAUAUUUUUUUACACGUAUCAUUUCAAAUGUUGUAUUGUAUAUAAUAUAUUUAAGAUGAAAUUAGACUAAACGGAUGAAUGCUGAAUUUGUGGUGCAUUGACUGCUGAGACAGUACUGUGUGCGAGAGAACCCGAGAGGGCACAAAUUAUUGAAUAUGUGUCUGCGGUGUCAGGGCUUGAAUAUCGGUUUGAAUUCCUUUCGGGAAACAAAAACACUAUUUACAUGACC